GAAAGCUCGCACUGGUGUAAUGGACAUACACCGCAGAGCGUGAACGAGCCACGACAACCCCACAAGAACGCUACUGCAACUGCGAGCAUAGUCUACAGAAGAAUGACCACCAACACCAUGACCCAUUUGCAACCAGGCCCAUCUCGGCUGGAGGAAUGGCGCUACCGGUCAGCCCCGCGUCAACCCAGCCAAAACCAAAACAAAUCGGGACGCCGGUCGUGCCGCGCACCAAAUGCCCCAUAUAAACAAACUACCGCGUUCACCAAAGUUGUUAUUUGUUAUUAGAUUCUUUAGCAAUGUCAGGAAAGGGAAAAGUACACGGAGGCAAAGGAAAGUCUUCGGAAGUGGCCAAAUCGUCGACCUCACACUCGGCCAGAGCAGGAUUACAAUUUCCUGUCGGUAGAAUCAAGCGUUACUUGAAGCGCACGGCUCAGAACAAGAUUAGAGUGGGACUGAAAUCAGCCAUUUACCUCACUGCUGUGUUGGAAUACUUGACUGCCGAAGUCUUGGAGUUGGCUGGUAAUGCAGCCAAGGAUUUGAAGGUCAAGCGUAUCACCCCACGUCAUUUGCAGUUAGCCAUCAGAGGGGAUGAGGAAUUGGAUAACUUGAUUAAGGCCACCAUCGCCUACGGUGGUGUCUUGCCUCACAUCAACAAGGCGUUGUUGUUGAAGGUGGAGAAGAAGAAGAGUCUCAACUGAUCGUCUAUCGGUCUGGACCUGCCUAUGGAGCGCCCUGGUAUGGAUACCGAGGGUUUGCCACUGUACUAUAUUUU